UUGCCUUCCCAAUAAAAAGGAAAAUAAAAAAUGUCUCUGCCUAAAACAAAAUAAAAUCUGUAUUUUGCUUCUACACACUUCUACAGUUUUCCAUCUAUUACAUUAAAAUUCUCUUUAUUGCUAGUGUUUUUUUUACAAAAGAAAGAAAAUAAACUUCUGAAGAUGAAUAUCUUACUCUUUAGAAAUCACAUUAUAGGGACUCGAAAUUUGCCAGUUGUUUUUAAUUCUUUUAUAUACGCCCAAAAGUCUAGCACAGAUGCAAGUGAGAAAGUUGACAAGGAUCACAAACAAAUAAAAUCUGAAUCUGCUAGGCUGGCGGAAUUCAGGAAAAAAUUAAGAGAAACUACACCAAUUGAUGACCUCGGCGAACAACCAUUAAUGCAUCCAGCUCAAAAGGAAGAUCCAUUGCCAGCAUUUCCAAAUAAUACUAACCCAGAGACUGGUGAGGUUGGAGGCCCCAGAGGCCCAGAGCCCACUAGAUAUGGUGACUGGGAAAGAAAAGGUAGAGUGUCUGACUUUUGAGUUUAAAACAGCUGACUUACUACCAUACCUAAAUAUGUACCAAGUACGACUAGUGGCGGCCUUAACCAAUGUGAGGAUCUAGGCAGUAUCCAAAAAUAGCCUGGAUAUUAACAAUUUUGUAGGUUAGACGCUUAAGAUAUCAACAAAUAGGUUGGUGACCUAAAAAAAAGGUUUUUAAUUGGACAUUGCUUGAAAGUCCUCUAGGUACAAUCUUCCAGGUAGAUGCCCAGUUUUGCCUGCCACCCCAGGCUACCACUAAGUAUGAUAUUGUAAUAUUACAACUCAAGGAUUGAGAGCACAAAAGAAAUAAAGUUACAACCAGAAAAUGGCACAUUGUGAACAAACUACUCUCUCUCUACUUGAGGAUUUUCUUUUUAGUUGUUUAAUAUUGUAUUUAAAUCUUUUAGGUAAUUUAUUUGUAAAUACUAGCAAUACACAUUAUUAUAUUAUAUGUGGAUAAUAAAUAAAUGAAAAUAGA